GCAGUUCCUGUGUGCAAAGUACUCAUGAGUGUGCAGAUAACCAUCACUGGAUCACUUUUAUACUGGAAAAGACUUAAAAAUGUGAUGAUUCUCAGGCAGGCUCUGGAGUGGAGGACUUUUUUUUAUUGUCGGUGUACAUCGCAGAUAAAGACAUCUUUGAGAAGUCUUCCUCCUUCAACCUCCCUCUGGAAUCGAAAGUGAAAGUAGAUCAGACAAGGCUGCGCGUAAACUGAAUAUCUUUGAGUUGUGGACAAAUCAAGACAUUUGAGGACGUCAUCUUUGCUUUCAGUGUAUGAGCAACGUGAUGCUGCUGAAUAUUUGGAGAAGAUCCUGUGUCUGACCAGUCUAGAAGCAGCCAAGGCUGAAUCCAUCCGAAAAACAACUUCAGUAAUCCAAAAAUCCCAACGCUCUCAUUCAAAAGACAGCAGUAUGAAUCGUGACCGUGUUCAAAUGUUCGUAGAGAAACUUGACAGCUUCACCAUCUCCGAUUACCAUGGCCUGAACAGUCCAGGCCUGACAUGCUAUCUGAACAGCGUGCUUCAGGUGCUCUUCAUGACCGAAGACUUCCGGGAGGCUGUGAAACGAUGCUGCAGUAAAGACUCAGCAACCAUUGACCCACAGCUGGGAAGACUGUUUGCUGAUCUACAGAAAAGUAUGACUAAAACACAUAACGUCACAAAAAAGCUGGGGAUCACCGAUGUGUAUAAGCAACGUGAUGCUGCUGAAUAUUUGGAGAAGAUCCUGUGUCUGACCAGUCUAAAGGCAGCUAAGAUAUUCAAGGGAGAGCUGAAUCACAAGACCACGUGCCUCAACUGUAGAGAGACGAACGAUUCCAGGAACUUCUUUUGGAUUCUGCCACUUGCGGUGGAAGAUUUGCAUCCUCAAACCUACAGCGUGGAGAAAGGGUUGAAGGCAUUCUUCAAGCGAGAAAAAGUCUGCGGGGACAACAAGAUGUUCUGCAACCGGUGUGAUAAAAAGCAAGAUGCUAACUUUGGAUGUGAGAUAACACAAAAUCCAGAGAUUUUGACCCUCCUGCUGAAGAGAUUCAGCUUUGACUACAAGUUCAGGUGUUACGUCAAGCUUCACUGCAACGUGGAUGUCCCCCAAACUUUACACAUGGGGGAAUGCAAAUAUGACCUCUACGCUUUAGUUCACCACUUUGGUAAUCUAACAGGAGGUCAUUAUACUGCACAAAUCAAAUCUUUUGAAACUCACAUGUGGUAUCACUUCAAUGAUGACAGUGUUAAUCGGGUCAAGCCACCACUAUUUGUGGCUGGAAAUAGCUCUUUGAGGUCUUGUACAGCCUACCUCCUCAUGUACAGGAAGGUGAGCAGACAUCCCGGAAAAACUGACGAAGGCGACCAGGAGGCUCUCUCCGCAGUUUCAGAUGCAGAUGCUGAAGGAAGACACGUCGAGACGCAGAGAGGAGAGGCCCUCGUUCCUCAUCGUCAACAGAUGGAUGGAAGCUGCAACGGAGGAGGAAACUUGAAUGGCGAUAUAUUAAAGAAGAGCCAUGACGACGAUACGGUUUGGAAGAAACUGGAAAAACAGCCAAACCAGAGAGUGGCCUGCGUGAGGCCGCACAAAGAGAUGUUUCUUCAAACAGACACGGGAGCAGACAGAGACAGUUACAAACCCAGUUUGCAUACACAGAAGUCAAAUUUGAAUAGCCUUCCAAGAAAUACAGUCAAACCUGCAUUUCAUGUUUCCUCCAAUGGCUGCUCUACUUCUACACAUCCAUACCUGACGGAACACAUGCAGAGUCAAUUCAGAUCGCACCCCGUUGGGUGCAACUAUUCACCAAACCUAUACAUAAAAUCGAACCAUUUAAAGAGAGACGAGGAGCAAAUGCAGCAUGUUGUGACUGCAGACAGCAGCUGCAAACUGGACACCCCACAUACUGUAAAAAGGGGAGAAAUAACUGCAAGUCCUACUAGAGAGAGAAGAAAGGCUGCAAAGAGCAGAGACAAAGAGCGAUGGAAGUGAAGAAAUAAUAAGGAUAAGAUAGGAAUUUGUCACUUGGAAUAGCUUAUUUAUUCUUUUGACGCUGUUGGUUAGUGACUGUGAUCAGCGAUGUUUUGAUUGCAGAUGGAUAAAUGGCACUGUUUUAGGAAAUUCAGUCAUCUACAUGCACUAUAAAAUAGGCUGGACAUCAUGCAUUUGUCAGUAAAACUAUUAAGUAAAUUACUGAGCUGCAUUACUUUUACAGUUUAUACAGCAACACGGUGCAAUAUUACAGUACUUUGCGGUGUAUAUUUACUGUAAAAUCACAGUUCAAUACAGUCAUUUUUACAGCAA